CACUGUACGGAUGCCGCAUUAAAAUUGGCCGCGCAUGCGCGUUGACGUUCCUUUUUUUCUUGGAAUGCCCCUUGUUUAGAUCCCCAUCAUGGCAGAUCCAGAUCUUGAUUUCGCCAGCGGAGAUGCCGGGGCUUCUGCCACUUACCCCAUGCAGUGCAGCGCCCUGCGCAAGAACGGAUUUGUGGUGCUGAAGGGUCGCCCCUGCAAAAUUGUUGAAAUGUCCACCUCUAAGACUGGCAAGCACGGUCAUGCAAAGGUUCACCUGGUUGGAAUUGACAUUUUCACAAAUAAGAAGUAUGAAGAUAUCUGCCCCUCCACCCACAACAUGGACGUGCCUAACAUCAAAAGAAAUGACUACCAGUUGGUUGACAUCAGCGAGGGAUUCCUCUCUCUUAUGAUGGACAACGGUGAUGUGCGUGAGGACCUGCGUGUGCCAGAUGGUGACCUGGGCAAGGAAAUCGAAAACAAAUUUGCAGCUGGUGAAGAAAUGUUGGUGACUGUGCUUUCAGCUAUGGGCGAAGAAUCUGCAGUGGCUCUCAAACCCAUGACCAAAUAGAAAGAGAGACUGGGCUGCUCAGGCUGCAACAUGCUACACUUUAACAAAUCUCUCGCAUUUGUUUUUCUUUUGGUUUCAUUUGUCACCAAAGCUAUGGCCUUCACAAGCAACCUCAAUUUUUUGUUGUGAUUGUAUUCCUUUUUUCUUCUCCUUCCAAUACUGUGCUGGACUUGUCGAGUCAGUUGGCAUUCUUUCGGGUAAGAGGUUUAUUAUUGUCAGUGUUUACCCCACCUCAACCUCCCCAUUCCACACUUUCCCCCCCUCAAGUUUUUACCACUUACAUUCCUGAAUGUUAAAUAAUGGGAUCCAUUUUUCCUUUUUAUAUAUAUUCUUGAAUUUCGAAACGGUAAUUAAUUUGCAGGAUUUAUACAAGGAAGAGAGGAGUCCCCCAACUGACACUGAACUUUUUUUUUUUUUUUCUCCCUCUAUGGGUGCCAUACUUUUUCUCCUUUCAUGAUCUGUGCCACACUGGCACUAUAAUUCAUUUUGCUCAAUUGAAUGCCUCUAACCCAACCCCUGCCCCAAAACAAGAUGCACGCUGGUAGUUGGCACUUCCCAGUACUUUUGAGUACCUUCUCAAGUAAACCCGAGAAAUAAACUCCAGUGAAAUGUCCUCUUCAAUGCCAGUCUCUAAUUGUUCAGAAGUGGAAAGGAUGUGAUGGCCAUGUGCGAAUACCUCUGUAACACAAUAGCAGCCAGCUUGAUUUUUGGCUGUCAUUGGCAACCUUAAAUAAAGUGUUGAAGCCUGUAUUUGUCUCCAGGUAGGCUCUUAUCAGUGCUGCCCCAGAAUGAGCUCAAGCUCUAAAGGACUAAAUCUUGAUGUGAGUUCAAUUCUUCCUUUUUGAUCACUCGAGGCCUUUGUCACCUGACUGGAGAGAGCAAAAAUAAAAACUUAAUAGAUUACCUUA